CUACAGUACACUACAAAGGCAGAAGGUCAAAGCCUGCACGGUGAAGGAGCUAACUUUGUUUUUUUCAAAGAACUAGAAUGGGGGAAGAGGAAGCAAACUCAACGUGUAUUUCUCUGCAACUGGGAAGAAGAAAUUCUUUGAUGCCAGAGAGUAUGAAACCUAUUUCAGUUCAUUAUAGAGAAGAAGAGGGAAAAGAUUUAUCAUAUCACAAGGUAGGAAGUGACAUCAGUGCUGGUCCAGAUUUUCCCUACAUAGAGAGUGAUGAAGUUCCAAGUUCUGGAUUAGAACUAGAAUGGGACAUGGAAACAGAGCUGGAAGAGCUUGGAGAUGACCAAUAUCAAGAGAACAAUUUUACUGAACACUUUCAACCAGAUAGUUUCAAUGGGCACUUUAAGUCUGAUAACUUUACUGAUAAGGAGGUAAAACCAUCCAAAAAACCAUCACAUUCUGUUACAUCAAGUCAUCUAACUAUUUCACCUAAAGGACGGUUUCAGCGUUUACAGGAGGAACCAGAAUAUUUUUCACAUUGUGCAGAUUCAGGAUCCAAAAUGAAUUCACAGCACUUUUGUAGGAUUUUUAAAUUAUUUUGCACAUUUUUGUUUGUAUUUAUUUUGGGAUUAUUAAUAGGUUAUUUUUCAAAAAGGACUUUUUGCUUAACUACUUGCUAUGCGACUGAAGAUGCUUCUUCAAGUGAAACACAAUUUCUCAAGGAUAUUGUUGACUCAAUCACCAAACAAAAUAUUGAAAAACAUUACAGAUACAUCAUGCAGAUUUCUGUCAAUAAAACAAACACAGACAACGUGAAGGAAAUUGCUCUUCUAUGGAAUUCACUGGGCUUAAAAGAAGUUCAGUUAGUAAAUUAUUCAGUCAUACUUGACCUACCAGGCUCAACUCCAAAUACAAUCACUACGAACAAUGGGCAGUGCUAUUAUCCAAGCGGACAGGCGUGUGAUGAAAAGACCAAAGGGCAACAGAGUCAGGAGUUUCUCCACUCAUAUGCUGCCUACUCUGCCAAAGGCACUCUCAAGGGAGAGAUUGUUGAUGUGCAGUAUGGAACUGUGGAAGAUCUACAAAACAUAAAACUGGUAAAAUCUGUAAAAAACAGCAUUGCUCUCAUAAAACUUGGAGUGCUGCCAUUUUUGUACAAGCUAUCAUUAUUAGAAGAACUUGGCUUUGGAGCAGCCCUUGUUUAUGUUGACCCCUGUGAUCAUCCUGAAGGUGAAAAUGACCAAUUCAUCAUGUCUUUAAAUAAUGGCUUUGAACCAUUCACAUCUGAUUUUUCUGCAAAGAAUGCUGACCAUGGGAAUAUACCAUCAAAUCUGACAACAUUACUUGUACAGCCUGUAACUGUAGCACUUUUAAGAAAACUUUGUAAACUUACUGAGAAUACAGGAACAGAUAAAUGCCUUCCAGUUAAGUUGCCUGAAACAGAAUAUUGCACAGUCGUCUUAAAGAUUCAAUCUGUUCCAACAAAGAAAGAAAUAACAAAUUCAUUUGGAUUCUUGAGAGGAGCAGUCCUUCCAGACAGGUACGUGAUUCUUGGUAGUCCUCAUAUAAGUACUUAUGCAGAAAGCAAUCGGAGCUGGGUCAGUAGUGCUGCAAUCUUGGCAUCAAUUAUUGAAUCUAUCAUGCUGAAAGUCAAGGGGCCAUGGAGACCCAAGAGGACAAUUAUUUUCAGUUCUUGGGGAGGAACUUUCUUUGGAAACAUUGGUUCUUACAAAUGGACAGAGGAAUUUAAAAGGCUUCUUGAGAGCAAUGCUGUUGCUUACAUUGGCUUGCAAAAUCCAAUACGUGGUAAUGUGAGCCUUCUGUCUAUUUCUUCCCCAUCUCUCCAACAAUUAACAACGGAAGUUCUAAAAAAGGUGUGUUCUGGGAUGGAAAGUUGCUACAAGUCUAAUGUGGGUGCUCUGCAAAUGCAAGGAGAUGCUGAUAUCUUUGUUAACCGGCUUGGAAUUCCAGCUGUACAAUUUGUAUUUGACAAUGUCAAAAGAUCAGAGACUACAAACUUCAUUUCAGAAGCAUUCUUUAUUGCAGAAGAGGAAACAAAUCAGCGAGAUCCUUCAUUUUAUCUUCACGAAUAUAUUGCUAAGUUAACCUCAGAAGUGAUUCUACAAGUAGCAAGUGAACCCGUAUUACCCUUUAAUGCACUGGACGUAGCAUUAGAAAUUCAAAAGAAUGUUGAAGGUGAUGAUACUGCCCAUAUGUUGAUGGAGACGGCAAGAAGUCUGAGGGAAACUGCACAACUGUUCCAAUCUAAUGAAAUGCGUCCAGCUAAUGAUCCCAAAGAGCGAGAUCCCAUUAGAGUUAGGAUUUUAAAUGACAUUCUACAAAAUCUUGAAAAAAACUUUUUAAUCCAGAAACCUCCAAUUGGAUUUUCCAGAAACAUCUUGUACAGACUGGAUGAAAAGACAACCCGGUUUUCAAUACUUCAAAAUGCUAAAGAUCGUUGCAAUAUGUAUAAGUCAAAUGAAACACUUCUAGCCGCCUUACAGGAGGUGUUGAACUGCAUUACCUCUGCUGAGCUGUAUUUCCAGGAAAGUCUUCAUGUGUUUGAAACUGAUAGGACUGAGAUAUGAAUGAUCUCUGACAGCCCUCAGAUAUUGUCACAUAAAGACAGGAAGGUCACAUCUGUACUUUUUUACCACGUGGAAACAGAACAAAUGCAAGCAUAUGCAAGUAGAUGGAAAUUCAUCUUUAACAAAAGCUGUUAUGCCAGGGACAUGCAUUAAAUGAAAUACAUUUGCUUAUUCACUCAGAAGGAAAUUAAAAAAUACAAAAGAAAAAUGUGAAAAACAUUCUUGUUGUCAGCAAAUAUAAUGUACUGGUCUGUUGUUGGAAAGCAAAUAACUGAGUGGGUGUUCUGUGUUACUAGAUCUUCCAUAGUGCUGUUAUAUAACCCCCUAAAUGUUGGUGAUGUACAUGGCCUCAUCUACAAAACAUAUCAUGUUAAUGCAAAUGGGAAGUAAUACUGUGAGAUACUCUACUACAUCUGUUCUAAUGAAAGACUGUAUUUAUUUAAUGAAAAAUCUUAUACAGAAAAGAAAUAUAUUGGAUUUGCAAAAUGUUCAUAUUGGUGAGACUACUUACACUCAAGGAAACGGACCCCUUGGAUGGAAUACGUGGGCAUGUAGUACGUUUUCCCCUCACAAAUUCCUAAAAUGUCAUCAGCUAUCAAAGUGUGCUACAAAUAUCCACAUGCAUACUCUACUGUAUUUAUUAUUUGUGUCAAGAGUCAUAGGUAUAUUUUUUCUACUAAGUUUUUAUACAUUUGUAUGGUGCAACUUAAACAAUAUAGGGAAUGUAUAGUAAUACUAACAAAGUUGACAUCUGUGCACUGACAAAACAUUGAUUGAUUUGAAGUUAUUUUCCGAGUUUGUGAGUUUUAGCGCAAAAAAAAAUUGCUGUGAAAAUCAAAACUCAAGCUUUAAUAAAUCCGUCCCUAAAACAGAUUUUUUACAUUUAGCUUUCUCAAAGAUUAUUUCUGUACCCAUAAUUUAACAAUCUUCAACUAAAAUUCUGGUUCAAAUUCUGGACAGCAACUCUUUAAAUCAGAAAGAAAUUGAAUAUUUAACCCUGUACUAGUGCUGAGCGAAUCUGUCCCGUUUCACUUAAGGCCAAUGCCAGACGAGGCAUAGGGCGGAUAUUUUCGGCCAUAGGAAAAGCGUUUGCCGAAAGAAACGCCCUACGCCUCCUACAUGUGCCUGCACCCGAAUAAAUGAGAUACGCUCUGGUGCAGGCACAUGUAGCUGAAAUAUCCGCUUGCAGAAAAAUUAGCAAAAUGCAUUGUUAAUAGGACUUGCACUACCGUGCAAGUGUUUUUUUACACAUGAUACUUUAUUUCUCACUCCAAAUGCAUUUAAGUCACUGGGUGUUUUUUCUCACUACUGUGCAAUGUUUUUUUUCUGC